ACUUACCCAGUAAACACCACAUCAGCUGGUCGACUACGCAGUCUCAAAUGCCUUCGAAUUAUGGCAUAUACCUGUGAUUAUCCCUUUGUUUUCUCGAUAUUGUCUUGUGAUAUGCGCUCUCGACGAUUUUUAAAGGAGAUCCGCUUAAGCAGAGAUGUUUUGUCUAACAAACCGCAGUGACACUGCAUCGGAUUGAGUUUUAUCGGUUGUCAGUGUCCAAUUUAUCUCUAAAGAUAUGUGUUUAUUGUCAAAUGUGUACCGCGUGCAGGACAGAUGAGUGCAAUCCUAAACUCCCUCAGGAACUUAGCAGGUUCAUCGAGGGCCAACUCAGCGGGCGAUCCUGGCGCCAAGUUUGGCAUCACGCCGGGCGAGGAAGGAUCGGGGGAGGGUGGUUACGCGGAGUGGUUGCACGCCAUGCGACUAGUGGCGCGGCUUCCCGCUGGCGUACCGCAGCACUUCAGGAGAAAAGAUUUACAUCGCACAGGCUGUUCUCUUUUUUGCGGAACAGAAGGGCGUGAAAAUCAAGCAAUGCUCCGUAGGGUACUAUUGGCAUACGCGCGAUGGAACAAAGAUGUUGGAUACUGUCAAGGGUUCAACAUGUUGGCGGCAAUAAUACUAGAAGUUAUGGAAAAAUCAGAGUCCGACUCUUUAAAGGUGAUGGUAUAUUUGGUGGAAGCUGUGCUACCUGAAGGCUACUUCGCAGAUGAUCUUCGUGGGCUAUCAGCAGACAUGGCUGCGUUUAGGGACCUUUUACGCUUAAGAUUACCAAGACUUGCGCAUCACAUGGACCACUUGCAGCGGAUAUCUGAUGGUGGUGGCGUUGAACCUCCUUUACCAGAUGUGUUUACAAUGCAGUGGUUCCUGACUCUGUAUGCGACAUGGUUACCACGGGAUUCGUUACUAAGAGUUUGGGAUCUAGUACUGCUUGAUGGAAAUGAGGUUUUAUUGCUCACUGCACUAGCAAUAUGGGAUUUAUUACAGGAUCGUAUUUUGUCAGCGCGAUCAGCAGACGAAUUCUACAGCUGCAUGGGGGGAGGCGCUGGUGCAAUUUGGGAUGCGGGGGACGCGCUGGUAGCAAGAGUUGUUGCGUUCGGUUCCGCACCAGAGCUACCUCGACUGAGAUCCUUGCAUCGGUACCGCGUAACGCCACCUGCACCACCAAGUGUUCCAUCACACCCCCCUCUGCAAUCUGCUGUGAGUCAAAGUACACAUACUUAA